ACACAUUUGGCAGGCAUUGACUCAAUAUUGGGCGGGACAAGAUUAUUUAAGUUUUUAUUUGUGUAGUGAUCAGAGUGUUGAUUCAGUUGGUGUAACGUGACGGCUGCAAGACAUUUGUACAAAGAGGACGCAUCAAGUAUACUAGAUGGAAGACUCCAUUGAGGUCAUUCUUCAGGAAGACACAUUCUCCAGGAGCCCCACUGGGAGUCAGGACAGCCCCACUUUGACAGCCCUCACUGGGGCACUGCUCACAGGUGGCUACUGGGUGUGGAGACUGUUCAUGCUGCCUGGCGCUCGCAAAAUCCCAAUUGGCCUCAAGGUGCCUUACCUGCCCUCCAGCACAGCUCAGAUUCUGAGCGUCAUGAAGCUUUUGGAGGGAAGAACAGGUCGGCUGGCUGAUCUGGGGUCAGGAGAUGGGAGACUGGUGUUCGCUACCUCUUCGGUUGGUUUUCAGUGUACUGGGUAUGAGAUCAACUCCAUGCUGCUAGCCUUUUCCAGAUGCAAGGCCUACUGGACAGGGGUGCCAGCCAGCCAAGCCAACUUUGUCAACAAAGACUUCUGGAAGGCUGAUCUAUCAAUCUACAAGAAUGUGACUGUGUUUCUUGCACCUGGAGUGAUCGAGAUGUUGGGUGAGAAGUUGCUAAGAGAACUCGCUGAUGAUGCACAUGUCGUUGCAUGUCGGUUCCCCUUCUCCCAGUGGCACAGCCAUGCAUCCUCAGGCAGCGGCUUGGACCAGGCCUGGGCCUAUGACAUCAAUACUGUACGCUUAAAACUGAACCAAAGAGGUCAAGUUUGAACGUCUUUGAAUGGCAUUCUCCUGCACUCCUCUCCUGAUUAGAAGCAUCAUCGACGUUCUUUUGCAGAUGGAUAAUGGGUGCAUUUUAUGAAUAAAAUGGUAUA